CUCCAAAACCUUAAACCCUCCUCCAGCGUACCACCCCAUCACUUGGCGCGAAAAUUAGCACCAAUUCAUUAGAAACCCUAAUUUUUCACAGUUCAACUCUCAUGCAAUCUGCCUUCUACACGGCCUCCAGCUCCCACCAGUUUCAGCUUCCAUGGAAAAUCAACGAAACCCAAUUCGCAGCUCAGAGACCAGUCCCCAAGAAGCUCAAAACCUGCUUCAAAGCUCCGACCUUUACCAAUUCUCUAAGAACUUCAAUUGGGUACGAACCAGAAGAAAGCCUUGGUAAAGAACCCGCACCCGCCACGCCAGGUCGCCUUCCGGUGGUGAUUCGGAGGUCAGGUAGGGUUUCUAGGUACUUCUGGGAUGGUAAUUGUUUGCAGUUAGUUGGAGUAGAUGGCGGUGCGGCGUCGUUCAGUUUCAAUUUCGAUGAUGGGUUCAGAAAAUUGUAUAGAAUCUGUAGUUUGGCUGUUAGGGAUUUCUUUAUUCCUAAGCAAGUUAGUGGAAGUUAUAUGGAUUAUGUGAAAUGGAAGUUCUUGCAUCGGGUUUUCAGCUCGGCACUACAAGUCCUUGCCACUCAGGCAAUGUUUCGGGCUAUUGGGAUUGGCUUCUCUCGUUCGCUUCCAGCAGCUGCUGCCCUUAAUUGGAUCUUGAAGGAUGGACUUGGACGGCUGAGUAGAUGCAUCUACACUGCUAGUCUAGCAUCUGCUUUUGAUACUAAUUUGAAGAGAGUUCGGUUUUCAACGUCAGUGUUGUUUACUUUGAGCAUUGGAGUUGAGUUGCUGACACCUGCAUUUCCUCAAUACUUCUUGAUUCUCGCAUCCUUAGCCAACAUGGCAAAACAAAUAAGUUUGGCUUGCUAUCUAGCUACUGGUUCUGCUGUUCAUCGAAGUUUUGCAAUAGCGGAUAACCUUGGUGAAGUUUCUGCAAAGGCACAGAUUCAAACGGUGUGCUUUGAUAACCUUGGGCUUUUGCUUGCUGCGCUGUUAAAUAUGCUGUUCAAGAACAACCAAAGGUUGCAAACAGUCUUACCAUUUCUCGUAUACCCCAUUUUCUCAGCCAUAGACCUUUUGGGAAUAUAUCAAGGGCUUAAACAUGUCCAUUUACAAACAUUAACCAAGGAUAGACUUGAAAUUGUACUAAAUAAUUGGAUCGAGUUAGGUUAUGUUCCUGCGCCUGCAGAAGUAAGUAAAGAAGAAGGAAUUGAUUUCCUACGGAGCAAAGACAAGGGAUUAUGGCCUAUCAGAAUAGGGUACCUGGAUCCCAAGAAUCAGAUCCCUGAGUUAUCCAUGAUGGCAAUGCAAUCUACAAGUGCUGACGACUAUUACUUCAUAUCCAUGGAGAUCUUGUACACAAGAAUUCGAAGGACAAAGCAAGCGGGCAUCCUUCUUUGUUUACGGGAAGGAGCUGGAACUGCGGACGUUAUCAUGGGUUUGUUGCAGGCAUGCUAUAUCCGCAAAGCCGUUCUUAUGAACAAGUAUAAAUGGGAGACCAUGGUAGAUGCCGGAGAUGCAUUAGACUCGGCUCCAAAGGAGUGGUCUAAAUUGGUUGAGGAGUGCAAGCGCCGUGCACAAGGCGAUAUGAACGCGUUGACCGAGCAAAUUGUGACAUUGGGUUGGGCUGCUAAACACAUAUUAUUGAAUGCGCAAGAACAGAUUCGAUACAGUUUUGUGGAUGACUGAAGAUUCCGUAUGUCGUAGAACCUUGUGUUUUUUUCAUUUCUCGGCCGUCGGUGGUUUUUCCGUGGUGGUAUGGAGAAUUUCGGGGAAUACACAGAAACUCAAGUGCAACUAUUUUGUUACGGAUUGUUCGACUUCGAUUUGUGUAUUAGAUGUAGGGCGGGGAAGAGCGAAAAGUAGAACGAAAUCGCAUCCGUAUUUCAGUUCUUUUUCUUCUCGCUUGAAAAUGUUGAAGCUGCAAGGCAGGUGAAAGGCAAAGAUCUUUCUAUUGAUCAUAUACAAACCAUUAUAUAUACAGUGGAAUUAAUCAAUGUCACACAAACGUAUAACUGUAUUUACAGGC